UCUACCUGCCCAUUAUCUCCCAAUCGCCACCAUCACUCCUCUUUUUCCACCACCGCAAUCCGACGGUCAUCUUCUUUUUUCCGAUCAACCCAUUUAUUCUCCGAUUGCUAGAAAAGAAACAAUUCAUUCUUCGACAUUUCUGAUUAGCCCUAAUUUGUACGGUCAGUUCUGUCCAUUUCUUUAUCGAUUUUGAAUUCGAAUUCGAAUUCAAACCCUAGCGUUGCAAAACCCCCCGAAAGAUAUCAAAGAAUUCAAAUUUCCGGUGAUUUUUCAUCUGGGUCGAUGGCGGAACUCGAAAAUAGGGUCGAAUUGGCGGGUAAGCCCAAACCCACCUACUUCUUCAAUCGAUCGCUUACCAUGUACCCAACCACCGUGGAUGCCCCCAAAAAGCCCCAUUUGCAGGCCUCCAUCGAUCACCACACCAAUUCUUUCAAGAAAUUCUACAAUUCAAUCGAGACGGUGCGGUCCGCCAGCAGCUCCUUCAAAGGGAAGGUCAAGAAGCUCUGCAAUUUCUUCGAAUCGGAGAAACCCGUGUCUCGAAACCCCGAUGAAUCGCAAUCCCUGACGGUCAAGCUAAGACCGUCGAAAUCAAUGGCCAUGCCAAAAUCCAUGGCGCCCGAUUUCCGGAUCCUGUCAAUUUGGCUGCCGGGCACCGAUGAUCGGAUUGUGGUGUAUUUCACGAGUUUGAGAGGAAUUCGGAGGACAUAUGAAGAUUGUUAUGCUGUGAGGAUGAUAUUCAGAGGGUUUGGGGUUUGGGUCGAUGAGAGAGACAUAUCAAUGGAUUCGGCUUAUCGAAAAGAGUUGCAGAGCGUUUUGGGUGAGAAGAAUGUGAGUUUGCCACAAGUAUUUAUAAGGGGAAAGUAUGUGGGAGGUGCUGAGGUGAUCAAACAGCUGUUUGAAACCGGUGAAUUGGCAAAAAUUCUUCAAGGGAUUCCCACUCGGAAACCCGGGUAUGUGUGCGAAGGUUGUGGGGAUGCACGGUUCUUGCCCUGCGUGAAUUGCAGUGGGAGUAGGAAGGUGUUCGAUGAAGAUGAAGGAAUGCUGAAGAGGUGCUCCGAAUGCAAUGAAAACGGUUUGAUUCGGUGUCCCGAUUGCAGUUCUUAAAUUGUCAAAUGCCAGUUUACCCCAUAAUCUAGACGCUCCUCUGUUCAUGAAUAAAUACUCGAGAAUAGUUGAUGGUAAUGUUUCAUGAUUUGUGGUUUCUUUUUUGUUGCUUGAUUGUGCGUCUGUGGGGAAUGGAUGUUCAUUCACUCUUUGAACUGCAUUUUGAAUAACAGGGUUUAUUAUCGAAAUGCAAAUUGGUAUGGGUAUGUCUGAUUGUAAUAUACAGUGGGGCGAGGUGUUUCUGCCCUCCCAAAUGCUAAUGUAAAUAUUUAGUAUUGUGCUAUCAUCGCAAAGGUUGCGAUGACUGAUGAAAUGUAUUGAGAUUGGAUUUAUUUAUGUCUUAAUUAUUUACUCUUGAA